UCCCUCCCCCUCCGGCCGCGGUCGCGAUUACGCUCCCUGCGGCCUGCAGUCAGAGAACCGACUCGGGCCGAGGACGCAUCAUCGAUCCGGACCGGAUGCUCUCUAGGGAGAAAGGCGAGCCAAAUUGAAUCCCGAAACUCUCCGCCACUCGAGACCGGAGAGGAGAAACAAAACAGGCGGGAACCGGUGGGGGAGGGCGGGAGCUAGCGGAAGGUGUCAUGGCGGCCACAGUGGUGGUCACGUGCCCCGGAGGCCCGCCCUGUCAUUUCCGGUCACGUGCCCUCAGCGCCCUCGCAGCCAGCGAUGGAGGCGAGACCCCCCGGCAACAGAGGCGGUGGCGACGGCUGCGGCCGCAGGGUUUCACCCUCGUCCGUGCAGCGGCUGUGAGAAGCUCGGCGGAGCCAGAUCCGACAGGACGCGGUUCACGCACCCCAGGCCGGAGACAGUAGCUCCCACCUGCACCUUAUAGCCAUCAUGGCAACUUCAUCAGAAGAAGUAUUGCUGAUUGUGAAGAAGGUUCGUCAGAAGAAGCAGGAUGGAGCACUAUACCUCAUGGCAGAAAGAAUUGCUUGGGCACCUGAAGGCAAAGACAGAUUUACAAUCAGCCAUAUGUAUGCAGAUAUUAAAUGCCAGAAAAUCAGUCCAGAAGGAAAAGCUAAGAUACAACUUCAGCUGGUCCUGCAUGCAGGGGACACAACAAACUUCCAUUUUUCCAACGAAAGCACAGCCGUGAAAGAGCGGGAUGCAGUGAAGGACCUCCUUCAGCAGCUGCUGCCCAAGUUCAAGCGGAAAGCCAACAAAGAACUGGAGGAGAAGAACAGAAUGCUCCAAGAAGAUCCUGUUUUAUUCCAGCUCUAUAAAGACCUUGUUGUGAGCCAAGUGAUCAGUGCUGAGGAGUUCUGGGCCAACCGUUUAAAUGUGAAUGCAACAGAGAGCUCUACAUCCAGUCACAAGCAGGAUGUUGGCAUUUCUGCAGCAUUUCUGGCUGAUGUCCGUCCUCAAACAGAUGGCUGUAAUGGUCUGAGAUAUAAUUUAACUUCUGAUAUCAUUGAAUCUAUAUUUAGGACCUAUCCAGCAGUAAAAAUGAAAUAUGCAGAAACUGUACCACACAACAUGACAGAAAAGGAGUUCUGGACACGAUUUUUCCAGUCCCAUUAUUUUCACAGGGACCGACUAAAUACAGGAUCAAAGGACCUCUUUGCAGAAUGUGCCAAAAUAGAUGAAAAGGGAUUAAAAACAAUGGUUUCAUUAGGAGUAAAAAACCCAAUGCUAGAUUUGACAGCGUUGGAAGAUAAACCAUUAGACGAGGGCUAUGGCAUUUCCUCUGUGCCAUCUACUUCCAAUUCCAAAUCCAUAAAGGAGAAUAGUAAUGCUGCCAUCAUCAAAAGGUUUAACCACCACAGUGCCAUGGUCCUGGCUGCUGGUCUCAGAAAACAACAAGCACAAAAUGGACAGAAUGGUGAGCCCAGCAGCGUGGAUGGAAAUUCUGGAGAUACAGACUGCUUUCAGCCAGCAGUCAAGAGGGCAAAGUUACAGGAAUCCAUUGAAUAUGAAGACUUGGGAAACAACAAUUCUGUGAAAACGAUUGCACUGAAUCUCAAGAAGUCAGACAGGUAUUAUCAUGGUCCUACUCCAAUUCAGUCACUACAGUAUGCAACAAGUCAGGACAUUAUUAAUUCUUUUCAAAGUAUUAGACAAGAAAUGGAAGCUUAUACACCCAAGUUAACUCAGGUUCUCUCAAGCAGCGCUGCUAGUAGCACCAUCACAGCCCUGUCACCUGGAGGAGCACUUAUGCAGGGAGGGACACAGCAAGCAGUAAACCAGAUGGUGCCAAACGAUAUUCAGUCUGAAUUGAAACACUUGUAUGUGGCUGUUGGGGAGCUUCUGCGGCAUUUCUGGUCUUGUUUUCCUGUUAAUACACCAUUCCUAGAAGAAAAGGUAGUGAAAAUGAAGAGUAAUUUGGAACGUUUCCAAGUUACAAAGCUCUGCCCAUUCCAAGAAAAGAUCCGGAGGCAGUAUUUAAGCACAAACCUGGUGAGUCACAUAGAGGAGAUGCUACAGACGGCCUACAACAAGCUGCACUCGUGGCAGUCCCGGCGCCUGAUGAAGAAGACGUGAAGUGUUUGUGGUGCUUACAGGUUUUGUGGGUUAAAAAAAACUGACCUGCAGUGACUCUGGAAACCUGGCUGAGGACAAGCAGAUGCUCGCUCACACCAGGGAAACAUCUGCAGCUCGCCGACUCCCGGAGCUGACGCUGUUGUACUUGCACAUGAUAACUGAGAGGAGGAAGGGACGGGAUUCACCCAACUCUGGGGAGGUAAACUAAGGCAGAACCAAAUGAGCUAAGUUGCAGAUAUAUAUAUAUGUAUGUGUACAUGUAUAUGUAUUUAAAGACUGUUUACUGCAGUUACUCAGGAACUGCUUUUCAUUCACGUUAAGCUGCUUUCAAAAUUUAAAAAAAAAAUUAAAAGAAAAAAUACUUAAAACGGUGCAUUGAUAAAAUCUAAGAGUUUUUUCAGUUUUGUUUUCUAGGUAAAUUUUUGCGUAAGUUUGUGGCACAGGGUAGCCCUAAGUAUCCCUCCUCGGUCCCGCACUGGGAUCCUCAAAUGUUCCUGAAUUCUAGUUGUUCCUUUCAUCGGCACGGGGGAGAGUGCUUUAAGGCAGAUGGAGGCUAUUGGCUCAGCCAUCAGGAAACAGUUGUCAGAAGACGCCACUGGGCCUGUGUUUCCUACGGAAAUAAGUGUUGCACUGAAGCCUGUGUUCUGAGUCCCCAAGUAGAACGCACAUCUGCAGGAGUCGGUGGGUUAGUGCAGGACAUUGUCAGACGGCAGUGAUGCUGCAUGUAUUUCUUGGGUGCAAAUGUAUAUUGCUGAGAAUUUUUUAAAGAUGGCAUGUGCUUUGAAAAGAAAAUUGCAUUUUUAAGAAUUUAAAAAUCUUACAAGUGAGAAAUAUAAGAAUUGCUUAUUUUCACCUGUUUAGAAGAAUAAAGGAAGUUUCUCAUA